UUAACAGGUUUCUAUUCUGCCGCUUUCCUAUCUGUAGGGUUAUAAUUGCUUGAUUUCUGCCGAUUUCCUAAUUCUAGAGUUAGAAUUGCUUGAUUACCAAGUUACGCAAUCUAUAUAAAUACCUAGGUUGUUCAAUAAUCUUUGUAAGAAACCAAAAAUACUCAGCGAAUAGGUAUACUUCGGUUACUACAUAUUUCAAUUGAUUAGAUCUGAUUGAAAACUCUGUAGAUACAGAAAAACACUUCGUAUUUUUGAUAUAGGCAACCUUCUUUUUCAACAAUGAAGAUAGUGCGUAAAAAUAUCUCCUCUGAUGGUUCUGGUACAGUGAAGAUGAUUCCACAGGAAUCUGAUGAUCUUUGGGUUGCUUACAAUUUGGUGUGCAAGGGAGAUACUGUUCGGGCUUCUACAGUAAGGAAAGUCACAAGAGACGGUAGCUCCGGGAGAAGAGAAUCUGAACGUAAGAAACUAAUUCUGUCAGUUCAAGUUGACGACGUAAAAUAUGAGAAGGAAGGGUCUCUCCUUCGGAUACGCGGAAGAAAUGUGUCGAAGAAUGAAUUUGUGAAGAUCGGAUCAUUCCAUACCCUAGAAAUUGAUUUGCAUGGAAAACUUCUUUUAACAAAAGAAUUAUGGGACUCGAUGGCUCUAGAUUUACUCAAGCAAGCCUCCGAUCCUGCUGCAAGCGCAGACCUUGCUGUAAUUUUGAUGCAAGAAGGAUUAGCAAACCUGUUGCUUGUAGGCAAAAGUGUCAUAACAGCUCCUUCUAAGAUUGAAACUUCUAUACCGCGCAAGCAUGGUGCAGCUAUUGGUGGUUAUGAGAAGGCUUUGAAUAAGUUUUUCGAGAAUGUUUUACAGGCGUUCCUUAGAAAUGUCGAUUUUACUGUUGUUCGUUGUGCUGUAAUUGCGAGUCCAGGUUUCACAAACGAUCAGUUUCAUAAAUACUUGCUGUUGGAGGCUGAAAGAAGACAAUUGAGACCAAUUAUUGAAAAUAAGUCGCGUUUUCUUCUCGCCCAUGCAUCUUCGGGAUACAGGCAUAGUUUGAAGGAUGUUCUUGGUGACCCCAAUGUCAUGAAUUUGAUAAAAGAUACAAAAGCAGCACAAGAGGUCCAAUCGCUCAACGAUUUCUACAAGAUGCUUUCAACUGAUGCUGAUCGAGCCUGUUAUGGCCCAAAGCAUGUUGAGUUCGCCCAUGAACAGAUGGCCAUUGAAACGCUUCUAAUUACUGAUGAACUUUUCAGAAACAGCGAUGUGCAGACAAGGAAAAAAUAUGUGGACUUAGUUGAUUCAGUCAAGGACUCAGCUGGUACUGUUCACAUAUUCUCUUCAAUGCAUGUGUCUGGGGAACAGUUGACGCAGAUUACAGGCAUCGCCGCUAUUUUACGUUUUCCUCUCCCAGACCUGGAAGACAUUGAGAUGUAAUGAAGAGAUACUGGACAACAUUUAUUCCCCUUCUCAUUAGCUCUAACAUGUUAGCUAGUUUUUCUUUAAUAUAUUGCCUUUUUUUU